GAUGGUUGGUGGUCCAGGCAGGACUGGCAGCAGGGAUCGGUCGGCAGCGUCACCUCCAAACCCGAGCCCAGCGUCGACCAGAUCCUAGACAUCCUGGCCAAGAAGGGCGGCUUGGGAGGGGAUGUCAAGGAUCUGAUCCGUCGCAAGUCCCGCAAAAAGAAGCAGUUCGCGGCCGCCAAGGACGGGAUCGCUGCGGCGGCAGAGGUUUUUGAGCAGGCGCGGGCUGAUCACCAGGCGGAGGUCGAGAUCCACCAGAGGCACGCAAAGUCCCUCGAGGAUAUCGACCAAGCCGUCAAAGACGCGCAAGCCAAGACGGUGUUCCCCGACAUCGGCACCAAAGAAGAGCCAGGAAACCCAGUCUCGGACCCGCAGUUCCUUGAGAUGUUCAGUAAGCUGCUGGACACGGGAACGAAGAGGUUCGGCUUCGAAUUCAUCGACUUCAGCAAACAAGCCACCGCCAAGACCACGGUGGUCAAUGCGACGAUCCGUGAGCCCACGCCUUACGAGGGCGCGUCAGCUGCUAGC